AUGGGAAGGUCAAAGGUGAUACUUGAUGCAGGAAAGUAUGGAUAUUGGAAAUCCAGGAUGAGAUUGAACAUCCGAAGUAUUGAUGAUAUCACAUACUACAAGUGUAAAGGCCUCGGACACACGCACCAGGAAUGUGAAAGCGACGAGAGGCAAGGAAAAUUGAUGAUUAGUGUUGCUGAUGAAGAGUCUAAAGAAGAUACAUAUGAAGAUGAAGAAAUCAGUAACUUUGUAGCCUUUGCCGGAAUUUCGGAAUUUGUGGAAGAAAGAAAAGCAUCUGAAUCAGAUACCGAUGACUCGUCCAGUGAUGAAGAAGAUGAGAUUGAUAUCUAUAAAAGCUUCACAGAAGUUCGUGAUGCUUUGGUUGAAACCAGGAAAGAGAAUCUCGAACUGAAAAAGGAGAAUGUUCGUCUUGAAGAAAAGGUUGGAGAACUUCAGAAGGCACUUCAAGCGGAAAAAGAUCUCAACAUGGAUAAUCUCAAUAUCAUGUUGGAAAAGAUGGAAACGGUUAAACGAGCAGAUGACAUCACAAAAGAGUACUUUUUGGAGAAGGAGAACUCCAGGAGUCUACAAGCUGAGUUAGAUCAACAUCGAAAGCAACUGAAGAUGUUGACUGGAACUAAGGAGUUCGACAAGAUCCUAACUCUGGGUCGUGUUGGGAAGUCAAAUCUUGGUCUGGGAUACUCAACAGGAAGUGGAUCAACCGGCAAGACAGUCACUUUCGUGUCUGGAGGAAUAGCUCAAGAUGUUGUUCAAGCAGAGACUAGAUCAUCCGCACAGAAACCUGAUCCCAUCCUAAGGAGUGGAAAUCGAGGAAAGACCACCAUGGGAUUAGGAUAUGAGGCUAAGAAAGUCAGUAAUGCUAGAGCAUCACAUCGCCACAAAAGACAUCAAGGGAAACAGUGCUAUUUUUGUGGAGUUGUGGGUCAUAUCAAGGCGUUCUGCAACAAGUUUUGUGCUAGAGUUGAUCACGCCUGGAGACAAGGACGCUACUACUGGAAUCAUGGACUGAACCAAGUCUUCAUCAGGAAAACUGAUCUUUACCAAAAUCCUGCUCGACGUACAGCACCAAGUGGUACAAGACAGCGAUUCUGCUCCAAUAUGGCAUUAUUUGAAGAAAGCAAUGAGGUGGACAACACAGGAACGUGGUACUUCGACAGCGGUUGUUCCAGACAUAUGACUGGCAUGAAAAAAAAUCUGCAGGACGUGAAGCAGUUAAAAGGAGGAAAGGUGACAUUUGGAUGUGGAACCAAAGGAACUAUACAAGGCAAAGGACGAACAUCUGAGGAGCAGCCACAACUUAUGAAUGUCUAUCUUGUCCAAGGUCUAAAGUCAAAUUUGAUCAGUGUCAGCCAACUAUGCGAUGAAGGUUUGAUAGUGUGGUUCAACAAGCUAGAAUGUAAAGCCAUUGAUGCUGACGGAAAGGCAGUUCUACGAGGAGUUCGUUCAGGCAACGACUGCUACAUGUGGGAUCAAUCUGCAAAAUGUCUAAGUGUGCGAGAUGAUGUUGAGUUGUGGCAUAAGCGAUUGGGUCACCUGAAUAUUCGCCAUCUUACCACUCUGGUGAAUAAGGAGAUCGUUCGUGGUGUUCCUAAGCUGAAGGGGUGUGAGAAAAUCGUGUGUGGUUUAUGCAAUCAAGGAAAACAAGUGAAGGUUCAGCACAAGAAGGUGUCGGAUGUACAAUCCAAAUCAGCUUUGGAUCUAGUACAUAUGGAUUUGAUGGGACCAAUGUAA